UCGGAUGAGGAAUGGCACGGCAAAGCCGAUAAGCAGUAAGGCUGCGCGUGUCUCCGUCUCUGAAAUCCGAUAUCUCGUACACAGCACUCGAUGCUUGUUUCUGGAACUGCUCGACAUGCCGCCCAAGACUUGAUAUGAUAUUGGGCCUGAUUCUCCCUGAUAGGCACUUCGAAUCUUGAAAACCAGUUCAUCAUUGUUUUGGCGGCACGCUCCAAUUAAAUAUCGCCAUGUCCCAAGUUACGACACAGACCGAGGAAAAUAAUCCUCUCGUAAUCAAGCUCCAGAAUGGUCAAACUCUCCACGUGGAAUCCAAUGAGGCCAUUGAUGCAGACGAGAUCCCUAUUAUCGACGUAGCUGGAAUCUACAGUGAUGACCUGGCGGAUCGACAGGCUGUGGCGGACAAGAUUCGAGAAGCUGCUCACCGCAUUGGAUUUUUCUAUGUGGUCAAUCAUGGGUUUGAUGCCAAACUGGCGGAUGGAGUGUUUGAACAAGCCAAGCGAUUCUUUGCAUUGCCGCUAGAAAAGAAAUUAGAGGUGGACACGAGCCUCGUGCCGAAGGAGUAUGUCGGGUACCAUGCGCUUGCGAGCUAUAACAGAAAUGGGAGGAAACAUCAUGAUCUCAGUGAAGCAUUCAACCUAGCAUACUCUGCCGAGCAAGAUCCCGAAAACCCAGAAAAUGACCCAGGUUCUUCAAUAUGGCCAAGUGAUCUGCCUGGCUUUAAGGAAGCCAUGUACGCUUACCAUACGCCUAUGCUCCAAUUUGCUCGCAAGAUGACCCGGGUCUUCGCCCUGGCACUCCAUCUACCAGAAACCUACUUCGACGAGUGGAUUAAGCGCCCUGAAGCUGGCCUGCGCAUCCUCCAUUACCCCGAACAGGAGGCGUCGGUGGACGAUCAGAACGGAAUAGGCGCGCACACCGACUUUGAGUGCUUUACCAUUGUAAACCAAGACAUGUCCGGAGGGCUUGAAGUGCUGAGCAAGUCCGGGCGAUGGAUCCGAGCGAAGCCCGUGCCGAACUCCUUUGUGAUCAACAUCGCCGACUGCUUCAUGAGGCAGACGAACGACUAUUUCGUGUCGACAGUGCACCGGGUGAUCAACAAGAGCGGUAAAGAGAGGUAUUCUAUCCCGUUCUUCUACGGCCUGGAUAGGAAGAUGCCCAUGUUGCCUAUUCCAUCGUGCAUCUCGGAGGAUAAUCCGGCCAAAUACCCUGUCAUGACAGCCGGGGAGUAUUACCUGUGGAGGGCCAAGAAGGCCAAGCAGGGCGACCAGGCCGACGAAGAAUAG